CGGAAGAAACCCGUGACCAUCUCUUCAUGACGUAAACAAAAAGAAACGCCAUGUUGUUAAAGUGAAGUGCAGAAGUAACCUACAGAUGAUGAUUACAUGUUUAAUUUUAGCCUCGUAACAGUACAUCACAAGAUAUUUGAACAUAUUUUGUCGGAAUUAAGCGAUGGCGGAUUCUGGCGGUCGGAACUUCUCGUUCAAGUGCGUUCUUCUUGGAGAAGGUUGUGUGGGAAAAACUUCACUGGUUCUGCGAUAUGUCGAAAAUAAAUUUAACGAUAAACAUAUAACAACAUUACAGGCCUCUUUCCUAACCAAGAAACUAAACAUUGGAGGAAAAAGAGUCAAUUUGUCAAUAUGGGACACGGCGGGUCAGGAGCGCUUCCAUGCCCUGGGUCCCAUCUACUACCGCGACAGUAACGGUGCAAUACUGGUGUAUGACAUCACUGACGAAGACUCCUUCCAGAAGGUGAAAAACUGGGUGAAGGAGCUGAGGAAGAUGUUGGGCAAUGACAUCUGUCUGUGUAUAGCGGGAAACAAGAUAGACUUAGAGAAGGAACGCCACGUGUCUGUGGCAGACGCGGAAGCUUAUGCUGCAUCUGUGGGGGCUAAACAUUUUCACACAUCUGCAAAACUGAACAAAGGUAUAGAGGAAAUGUUCCUAGAUUUAAGUAAAGGUAUGAUAGAGAAAGCAGGACAGGAUAACAACAGGAAUCAAAAAGACAGUACGAACCGUAAAAGUGUUGUUGUCGUCGACGACGAUACUCCAGCACAACAAAAGUCAGGUUGUUGUUGACACUGUUGCCAUAGUGAUGCCAGGUUUUUUUUCUCCCAAAAGAAAGAACAAGCAAGCUUCUUCAAGUCUUGAUGGAAAGUUCAAAUAGGUUAUAAUAGUGUUUAAAUUAAGUUUCAGGAAGUGCAUUAGUAUUUAAGCUAUGAGUCGCAUCAUGGCUGCAAUUAUGUUUUGGGUUUUGAUAUUGAAAGGUUUCUAGGAAUUCCCAAAUAUUUGUGUGUAUGGUUUUUUUUUUUUUCAAAUAUCACAUUUGAAAUGUGAUGUUGGCAUUAUUGCAUGAUAAAAUGAAAUGCAUAAUACAUGUUCAUGUAAAAGUAGAGCAUGUCAUAUGGAAAUGCGUUUUAUGAAAUAAGAUUCUCUUUUCAUCCAGAGAAUUUUAUAGUACUCAUGUACUUGCACAUGUAAAAAGAUUCAUUGUAAAUUUACAGAAUGCUAAAAACCUCUUUAUAUAGUGCUGAAUCCCAUUGAUCAUUCUUUUGCAAAUCUAUUGAAAAGCUUGAUUUUUUAUUUCAGUUAAUAUACAGUUACGUACAAUAAUGUUUGCAUUGAUCUAUAACAGAAGUUUGCCUGUUUCAAAGAAAAAUUGAAAUAAUAGACAUAUACCGUUAUUUUUUUUAUUGAUAUCUAGUCUUUGUUAAUUGUAACCCUUUUGAGGUAGGCAUUCUGCAGCUCUUUUUUUCAGAAUGUACAAGAUUUUUAGUUCUUUUUUUCAAACAUUUUCCAGAGCAUUGAGUGUAUGAAAGCAUUUUUAAAUAGGAAAAAUCCAGAAGAAUUGAGGAGGUUGCUCUUAAAUGAUUUAAGUGGGAUAUUUAUCCCCUUUUUACAUGUGUAAUUUAUUGGAAUGUACAUGUAAUACAUGUACAUGUAUAUGAAUUCAUAUUUCAUAAUGUAAAGUAUAAGAAUAGUUAUAUAUAACAAUGAUAAUUAACUGAGAUAUCCUAAUUAUGUAGAAUAUAUAAGUUCACUUUCAGCAGCUUUUAAAGUGUUGUAUUUAAAAAAUUUGGAUGCAGUCAAUUACGUCAUUUGUAAAGAUAACUGGAUGCAUUCCUUAAAUUGUUUAGUGUUUCAUACACUGUAAUUUGUUGAUUUCAUUUUUAUUGCAAAAGGGGCUUUUGUUUUCGAUUGAAAAAAACCCCAUGGGAUUUCAUAACUUUAAUUGUGUUUUCCUUAUGUCAGUUCAAUGUUUCAUUUUUAUUGCAAAAGGGGCUGUUGUUUUCUAUUGAAAAAAAAACCCCAUGGGAUUUUGUAACUUUAAUUGUGUUUUCCUUAUGUCAGUUCAAUGUUUAAUGCUCUAAAGCAUACAUGUUGAAGUAUUCUUUUCAGGUCAACUUUUAUCCAAAGAUCAUUUCUAAUCAGAUCGAAUUCAAAGUGGAUAUUUAUCCC